GAAAUGUGAAAUCCCCCCGACUUUCAUUUUGUACUUUCUCGCUGCCCUUUUCCCAGUUGCCCGUUGCCAUUUCCAUUUCCAUUAUUCCACCCCUCCCCCCUUCCCCCUCUGUUCUUCUCUCGGCGUUCUCUUCUCGCCUUUGAUCUAUCCGGAAACUAGGGUUUCUGGUUCAAAAAUCUCAACAACACUUCUAGCUGCUGAAUCGCGUCUCCCCUAUCCAGCUCUGUUCUUCUUCCAUACUCAUUCGACCUAGGGUUUACAGAUCUGAAGAACUCUUCUCUCUUGCUCGAACCUCGCUCAUAGUCGAUAUGUUCUGGAAACUCACAGCUCUGUCUGCCGCCUCACCUGUUGAAUCAGUACUGGAUAAGGAGAAUUUUACAUUGGAAGAGCUUCUGGAUGAAGAAGAGAUAAUACAAGAAUGCAAAGCCUUAAACAGCCGCCUCAUUAAUUUUUUGCGUGUCAGGGACCAGGUGGAGCAAUUAUUGCGGUAUAUUGUUGAAGAGCCUCCAGAGGAUGCUGAAAGCAAACGUACCUUCAAGUUCCCAUUCAUAGCCUGUGAAAUAUUUACAUGUGAGAUUGAUGUUAUUCUGAAGACCUUGGUUGAGGAAGAGGAGCUAAUGAAUUUGCUUUUCUCAUUCUUGGAACCAAACCGUCCACAUAGUCCCUUACUGGCUGGGUGUUUCAGCAAGGUUGUCAUAUGCCUGAUGUUGCGCAGGACAGUCCCACUUAUGAAUUAUGUGCAAGCACAUCAGAAUGUUUUCUGCCAAUUGGUUGAUUUGAUUGGUAUCACUUCCAUCAUGGAGGUUCUGAUUCGACUUCUAGGCCCUGACGAUCAUAUUUAUCCCAAUUCGAUGGAUGUGAUGCAGUGGUUGGCUGAUAGCAAUUUACUAGAAAUGAUUGUAGAUAAACUCACUCCAUCUAAUCCUUCGGAAGUCCAUGCUAAUGCAUCAGAAACUUUGUGUGCUAUAACUCGUAAUGCAUCGUCGCCUCUUGCUGCUAAACUUUCUAGCCCAAGUUUCGUGGAAAGGAUAUUUGAUAAUGCACUUAAAGACUCCAAUUCAAAAUCAGGACUUGUACACUCAUUAUCAUUGUGUAUUUCGUUGCUGGAUCCAAAGAGAUCAAGUCUUCCUUUAAUUCAAACCAUCCAAGGUCAACACAUCCAUGAAUCUCAUACUCCUGCUAAUCCUGAUACUGUCAGUGCAAUGCUGCCCAAACUCGGUGACUUGCUGAUGCUGCUGAGUGUCUCAUCUGAUGAGAAGAUUUUGCCUACUACAUAUGGUGAACUAAGGCCUCCUCUUGGGAAGCACCGCCUCAAGAUUGUUGAAUUCAUCGCUGUGCUACUCAAAACUGGCAAUGAACUUGCUGAGCAGGAAUUAGUUAGCUCAGGGACAAUUCAAAGAACUCUUGAUCUAUUCUUUGAGUACCCAUUUAACAACAUGUUGCAUCAUCAUGUGGAGAGCAUUAUAUUUUCAUGCUUAGAGAGCAAGAAUAAUACAAAAAUUGUCGAUCAUCUCUUCCAAGAAUGUGAUUUAAUAGGAAAAAUUCUACAAACAGAUAAACACCCCAUUCUUUCCAGGGACCUAAAUCAGCCAACUUUACCUGCUGAUGGGAAAUGGACACCACGAGCAGGAAACCUGGGGCACAUUACAAGAAUUUCUAAUAAGCUUGCUCAACUGGAGACCAGUGAUAACUGCAUUCAGGCAUUUCUUCAGGAAAAUAGCGAAUGGUAUAAUUGGCAAACCACUGUUUUACAAGAGCGUAACAUAUUGGAAAAUGUCUACCGAUGGGUUUGUGGACGCCCAACAACAUUUCAAGACAGGACAAGGGAUAGUGAUGAGGAUGAUCUUCAUGACAGGGAUUACGAUGUAGCAGCUUUAGCAAACAAUCUAAGCCAAGCAUUUAGAUAUAAUAUAUAUGAUAACAACAAUGCAGAAGUGAGCAAUGGGGGUCUUGGUAGAGAUGAUGAGGACGUCUACUUUGAUGAUGAAUCUGCCGAAGUUGUGAUAUCAUCCCUCAGGCUGGGUGAUGACCAAGUUAGUUUAUUCACAAAUUCCAACUGGUUUGCUUUCCAAGAGGACAGAAAUGGUAGUGAUGCUCCUGUGAGCACAUCCCCCACUGAGAUGAUGGAUGAGAUCAGCUUGAAUGGAACCUCUGGCCGUGGUAAUAGCAGUGAUGAUGAGGUGGUGGUUGGUGAAGAUGAGGAGUUAUCUGAAAGCAGGAGGUCUAUGAAUGGUACACUGGGAUCCAAUACAAGCGUCUUGAAUGGAUUUGGUGGAAACAAUUCCUUGAGUGGUGGACAGAUGGUCCCAGACAAUGAGAGAGCAAGUGGUUCUGGUGAUAUGGGAUUCUUCCAAUUUGAGACACCAUACGAGGACCCAUUUGGAGAUAGGCCUUUGCCUGAGUGGGUGGGAUGGGGGGAGCCGUCAGAUCUUCAAGUCAGUGGAUCAACUGUGAAUCCGUUUGAAGAUCCUGUUGACUCCAGUGUUGAUCUUGCAGAUCCAGCUGAGGCGGAGGCAAAGGAAAAAGCAGAGGCUUCUACUGUCACUUCUCCAAGUGGAGAAGCCAUGAAAAAUGGGGCCCCAGUUGUGGCAGACUCGAGUAAUGGAUCAUUAGGAUCUGAUCCUAGUCCGAGAACUGCUGCAGUUCCGUCUUUGUUCGAAGAUGAUGUUGAAUUUGUUGGAGUGGAGAUGGAAGGCACUGAAAAGGCAAUGGAACAGGCUCUCAAGGAGGGCAUUGUUGGGGAAGCAGGACCUUUGAAGAGGAACAUUGCCUCCAAGAUGGCUGAGAAGGAAAAUGCAGAGGAGAGUGGAUCAGGAGUAAAGGAGUUCAAUGAUGCUAACUAUUGGAGGGUUGAUCACGAGGUUACUGUUCUGGAGUAAUGAUCUGUAUUUGCAGUAUUUGGAUGAAACGAGCAGGGAAGAAUGCCAUCUUUCUGUUGGCCGAGGUAGUCUUGCUGCAGUAGAUAUGUACAGGUAUAUUUUGGUUUCGAGUUGGGAAUAGGUGGUAAUGGCAGGUUAUGUUCUCUUAUUACUCUUUUACUCUUAAUUGUUAUGCUAGAUUGUUUAUUAUUCAAGCUCAUGGCUUCUUACUGUUGCUGAUC